CCCGCCCUUUAGGUCAAACUCAUUACUCAUGUCCCUGUGUGUCUCCCAUGCGUCCCUCCCCUCCCUGCACCGUGGGUCCGCCCGACACGGCCAGCUUGCCCGAAAAGGGAGUGUGGUCCGCUUCCACCAACCUCGUAUGCGAUAUCCUGACAAGGUUGUGGAAGCACCGUGGUUGUUGGCUGCUAUGCGCGCGCGCACCUCAUUGAAAGGGUUUCUUGCCGCCUUUUCCUUCUCCUGUAUCUUCAUCUGUCGCCGCAUGAGCCGGUCGCGCCCGCUGAUCAUCAUAUCGUCCUCGGCAAAUAUUAUUGUGUGCUGCGUGAUGCAAUGAACGCAGAGAAUACAACGCAUAAACAUGUCCUUGUGGCUCUAGUGCUGCGAUGACUGCACGGGGCGGCCUGCGGUCUUGUCGGGCUCCCAGAGAGCGUACGCCCCCAACAACACCCUACACAGACACACAGGGGAGACACACACGACGCUCCGCUCGCAGUGCUGCUGGGGCGACGGCGGCGCUCCGACGACAACGAACGCUCAAACGCUUCCUGCUUGACGCUGCAUGACAAGGCCGACAGACAGAGAUACAUACACACAUACAUAGAAGAGGGGUGUGAGUCUUGGCUUACAGAACGGUGAAGCGGUCCUGUCUGGGGCGCGAGACAUUUUCCCCACUCCCCCCUCCCCCCUCUGCUUACCAACACCGACUACGCCCUCCUGACCCUCCUCACCACCCGGGUCUGGCGGUGGCACUGCUGGCCUCGCUCUCUCUGGCGGCGGGGCGGUUUGUGUGGGGGUGGGUGCUGCUGUUCCCGUUGUGUGUGGGGCGGCUGGGUGGGCUGGGUGGGCUUCUGUGCCCUGCGUGGCGCCUUGGGUGUUGGUGUUGCUAUCAUUGUCUGCAUCCAUCAAUCAGGCCACACACACCAUAUCAACACAACACAAUGAUAUGUGGCCCAUGACAAACUGAGACAGCAAGUAGUGUGUGGCAGACAGGUACAUCUAUGGCGGAUGGAUGCUCUUGCAGACGCACGCACCAGCGUAUUCGUUCAUCGAUGGACGUGCUGACUUACACCUAAAGAGUGUCGGUCGACGUACGCAAAGAGGACCUCGGAUCGAUAGGCAGACCUCUCGUCCGAUCAAAUCCACAGACCCAACCGACACACACACGCGCGCACACACACACACAAACCCGAACUGCACACCACUUUUUCCUCACUGAGGUCGAACGGUCACUGCUCCUGCGCCGUCUCCACUUAAAUGCACCACGCACUUUGUCAAAUGCGCUUGCUGCAGUCAUGAACCGAGGCAAAAUGACCACAAAGCACCUCCUUCCAGACUGUGUGUCCUCACCAAUGAGUGGCACAACGGUCAGCCAGACGAGCGGGAGCCCCAGCCACAAAGCAUGUCGAUAGAGCACGCAUCUCUCGCCCACAUGUGGCCUCAGCACACGCUCCCACAUGUGGUAGCUUUGCAAGACCCCUCCAUCCCACGCGAAAAACGACCCGAUCAGCGACGAUAUCCGGUCGUUCCCGAGGGACUCGUCGAACACGACAAAGGCCAGACCACCCACCUGCACACACACCGUCACAGCAAAGAGGUUGUGAAAGGUGAGCGCAUGUGCCUGCCCAUGCCUUCACGUACGGCUGUGAUGUGGUAGAGCCCAAUUUUGAUUAAUUGCGACGGCACUUCAGCACGGGGAGAGGAAGCAGCCCUGAACACACAACACAGGUACAGAUGCGACUGGACGGGUUUGUGCGAUAGACACACAGAUGCGUGCUGACCUUUCCGCGAGUGCUGUGAGGAUGAAGAUGGCCAUCAGAGUUGUGACAACGAAAAUCACAUUGACCACGAUAAUCUGCCACAGUGCGGCACAUGGUUUGCAGGGCCAUUCCCUCGUCAUUUCUUGAAGACCUUCACCUCUGGCCACUUGGUGAAAAACCCUGAAUGGUCAGCGCAAACUGAUUUUCGUCCAUCGUUCGGUCAAAACCACAGACCCAACCGACACGACAAACACACACGCAGCCGAACUGCACACCACUUUUCCCUCGGCACACAUACGCUAAGGCAACACCCUACUACCCACUUAAUGGAACGCACAGCGAGGAGGGACGAAAGGGCCCUACUCGCUCACCCUAAAGGCACAUCGACCAAAAAUACACGAACAGACUGGCGUACUUAGCAGCUCGCGUUGCAUCCUUACAGAACGGAAGCACGUGUGCGCGGCAAAACCAUACAGGACGGAGAGCCCAAGGACGUACGAUGGCAAAGAAGCCACGAAAAAGAUCACGCGCAUUCGCAUAUCACGCGUCUAUACAAGCAUGCAUACACAUAUCAGUCAGUCAGUCAGUCAGUUAGUCAGUCACCCGAUAGGCGAUAUAGGCCGUCAUUGGCCUUGUCCGCCUGCCGCGCUGCCCUGAAGGCGGCGUACAUGUCCUUCCAGCCAGCACCAGCGUUGAUCAGCCGAUCCACAACAAAGGCCAUGCUACCCUGCACCACCCACAGACAGACAGACAGACAGACAGACAGAGAUGCGGACCUGAUACAUACGUGUCCGAACAGAUGGGGUACUCUUGGUGCUUGUUUGUAAUAUUACCUGGAAGUCUGUGAAUGGGAUGCCUUCUCUGGUGACAUUGUCGUCGGCGAGCGGCUCCUCCUGGAUGGUUUUCAUCAGGUCCACAAAGGAAGACGAGCCCCUGCGCAGUGACGACUUGCCGCCCACCUGCGCACGUACACACGUAAACGGAGGGCAGACGACCGAAGCUGUGGAAACAGAGGUGAUAGAUACGUGUGUGUUUGUUGCGUACCCUCAGCUCAAGGGAAGGCAGGAGGACGAUCCGCUCGUUGCCCGUCGAGGGGUCACGGAUGGUCCUCUUUCUGGCUUUGUGCACCUGAAAAGUCUGGUGCCAGAGGAACUCCACGAAGUCGCUGGGAAUGGCCUGAAUCCCCACCUGCUCGAUUACCCCUUGCAUCGACUCGCUCGUCAGAUUCAUCACCUCAGAACACCAGCGCUUCCGCCGAUCGCUCUCCACACGACCCGCCCGCAUCGUGUGUGGCGUCGACUUGGACGCUACCGCCGCCAGGCCACGCCACACCUCCCGCUGCGCGUAGGCAGACCGCCCUGACAUGUCCGUUGGCACGGCCGUUGGCGGCUCCCCGAGGUCUGUCGCUGUUGGCUGCUGGCUGGUCUCCAUGAGGCUGGCCGGCAGCGAGUCGAGGGAUGCGGGAAUUUGGGGGCUCGGUGCCCGAUCUGGUGGCAGACUGUCAGCUGCGGGAACGGCGUCCCCUCUCAGAGCAGAAGGUUGACACGCAGUGGGGAGAUGGGGGCCCACCGGAAGUGGCUGUAGCGAUCUCGGCUCGUCUGCGAAGGAGGGCGGGAACAGGCAAAGAGCAUCCUCUGGCAGCCGCUGCUCGGGCUCAUCGACACUCACAUCGUUGUAAGCAGCGGGUGGGGCGCUGCGUGACGUCAUGGGCACUGGAAGGGGCAGCGAGGAAGCAACCACCGCUCCCUCGACGACGCAGCUACGCGAUCGUUUGCCUGGUCGACGUGAGCCAGAUGUACCCGAUGGCGUAGGUGCUGCCCUCUCCUUGCCCCCGCCAUCGCUUGUGUCGAUGAGGAUAGUGAGCUCACUGCCGCCCGCGUCGAGCCGCACUGUCGGCCCGCGCAAUCGCCUCUUGUCCUCCAGGUCUCCGAGCAUAAAGGCAACGCGACGCAUUGCCGCGAAGAGGAUGCCGUCUCUCUUCUUCUGUUUCGCCCCUGAUUCAUCUGGAAGAUCCUGGAGCAGGAUGGACGUCAUCAGGAAAUCUAUGCACACACAUAUACGCAAGCACGUGACUGAUCGGAUGCUGUCAACCGAAAGCGGUGGUUUGAGCGGCUGCUGUGUGGUUGCCUCACCAAGAGAGUGGUGUAUGGUGUAAUAGAGAAGAGCGAUGAUGUGGUAAGCGUUGAGCAGCACGAUGACGCCCGCCAGCGCAAAGCCAAGCCCCCGCUGCAGCUGCUGGGGUACAUUCGGAUGAGCAGCUGUCGACGCGAGAAGCAUCAGCGCCCACAGAGAGACGUUCCAAAUCAGCAAACCUGAAUUGAAUCAAUCGAUGGACCAUAAUGCCGACAAGGUGCCCGCCUACAUACCUUGCGCUUCCAUCCGGUUGAGGAUGUUGAAUGAUCGGCCGUCGAAUGGCCUCAGCCACAGCUGCAGGAUGAGCGAUACGCCGGCCACCAGCUGCCAACACACCAGCUGGAUCACCUCGUCACCAAGGGACGCGCCUACUUGCGCGAUGAUAAGGGUGAGUAUUCGUCGCAGCGCAAACACGGCGUCCCAAAAGUAGAAGGAUCUCCGGUAGCCGUUGUAGAGGAAGCCGAGGUUCUUGCGCGUCUGCCGGCUGUACAGCCGACCUGACCGCUGCUGAGAACGCAAAAUAGCCAGUGCUGCGACCACUGGCCCAAAAGACCACACGCACAGCCCCACAACGGCGAUGAUGGUGAAUAUGCGGUGUCGGCCGGUGUAGCAGAUGAUGGACGGGUCGAGCAGGCUCCGCUCGACAGUGGGGUAUGGUUCUUGGAGGAGGGUGCCCAGCUGGGCAGAUGGGAUGUCGGGAAAGGUGCGGCAAGGGAGAAUCUCCAGCAGCUGACGCGUCACAGCUGCAAAGAAGAGAAGAAAGGAUGGUAUGUAUGUGGGCCAUCUCCUCGUCUGUCUAUCUGUAUAGCUCACUUGGAUGGAUAAAUGUGAGGCGCACAAUCCACAGCUGAGGCGACACGAAGUACUGCAGCCACCUGUCCUUCCCUCUCCGCCGCCUCUCGCUGAGGCCGCCCGAUUGCGACUGUUGCAGCCCAGAGCUGUCCGUGAAGGGCCAUUGGGUGGUGGGCUGCUCCUGCUGACGUGGAUCUCGCUCGUCCUCUGUGUCGGAUUUGAUGGCGCCUGGGCAGCACAGCUGCGACAGGCUAGAGGCCUUGCAGUGGAGAGUCAGAAUUUGCCAUAGACCCCACAGCAGAGUGGCGACGGUCAGCCUGUGAAAGGACAGACAGCAAUGAAGACGUGAAUGACACCAACCAAGGAAUACACAUGAUUCGAGCUGCGCCCCCGCCUCUGACUCACCAGACAAACGGGAGUGCAAUCCACGCGGCCCUCCUGGCCAGCAUCGCGUCGGUGCCCCGCAUACCGCCGUCCUUCAGAAGACACUCCCAACUGAACCAAACACCCCCACCAACAUACGAGAAGCUGCCUGCCUGUAGUCGUUUCCACAGCCUUGCUUACGUGACGUCUGCCGUCGGCACCCCACCUGCACCAACACACAUGACGGCAUGCAAACGAUGCAGCCGGUAGCCUUGCUUUCAGUGUGCUGCGCACACUUACCGUUCCAUCGAAAAGCGCCCCUGAGCACUUCGAUGGCCUCCGGCGGCAGCAUGCGGGAAAAGUGGAGGCUUAAGAACGCCAGGGCACUAACCUGUGCGCACAGUGAUAAACACACGCACAGGCGGAUCUACUUGCGUCCUUGCUCGCUGUCCGACUGGGUGAGUCACUGACCGCUGUGAGAUGGUAUAGACCUGUGUGAGUGACACAGACAGACAGACAGACAGGAGAAUCUGGCUGGCGGCUUUCCUGCCCUUUCGGUGUCUUUCCUUGCCCACCAAUCUUGAUUAGCAUCGCGUGCACGUGGGCUCGUGGCAACACAGAUGACCUACGCACACAAAACAAAACACACGCAUGCAGCCACACAGCAGAGCAGUCAAGUCGGCCGUGUGUGUGUGGCGAUCAGCGGGCGCACCUCUGCGAGAGUGCAGUGGCAACAAAGAUCACGAUCAAGACGAUAAAAUACAGCACGAUGGCGGACGUGAUGUUCAAUGCGUGGUUGUCACACCUCCUGCACAAUCCGGAGAGCGUACCCACACUGCGCCACUUCUUGUCGCAGCUGCCGCACAGCGGCCCCGUGUGGCCCUCCUGGUCGAUGAACAAAACAAGCACACAACACCAGUGCGGCUGCCUGUCGCAUCCACCGGCCUUCUUGGUGUGUAUGGUGCCAUGUUCGUACUCUGCAUUUGUUGAGCUUCGUGACGAUCUGUGUGGUUUCGUCCCAGUCCGACCCCUCACACGCCUCGGGGACAGGACACCGGACCAUCACCGGACGAGGGGUCACACGGGCGUCGUACCUGCAGGCACAUAACACAUCCGUGAGAAAGGCAGCCAUGGCUACAAUCCGCGCUUGCCUACGUCGAUAUCGGUAACGCCAGCUGUCGGUAGGUGACGUUCGUGCGAGGAUCCACAAAUAUUGACGGCAACGUCAGCUCACCAGCCACAUCUUCACUGCCGAUCGCCGACAGCCGCUCAGCCAACACACUGGUCGUACGAUUUUCAUUCCCGGCCGUGUAUUCCGACAGAGGGAUGCCGCGCACAAGAUAGGGGUGGCCCAGCAACAGAGGUUGGUCGCUGUCAUUGGCCAGAGGGAGGACCGUGAUACCCGCCUCAUCGCGCCACAUCUCCAGUUCCAUGAUGGCGCCGUGGUGAUUGCAGACCUCUUUUGAGAGCGCCUCUAUCGAGCUGGCCGCCAGCACUGGUACGAGUAGGGGCACCUCCAUGUCCAGCUCGUACCAGCCCGGCUGCACCAGAAACGCACGCUGAGAGUCGGUGACCUGCAUGCCGUCGGUGCUGUUGGCGGCCGCAUCGGUCCCGUUGCCAUGUGUGUCGCAGGCGCCUGAGCGGUUCGUCUGUGGCAUCGAUCUGAAGCUCUCCUCUGGAAGCAGGAAGCACUCCCUUUCCACAUGGUCGCUGUGAACAAAAGAAGCGAAGAAUGAGAACAGAACUGACAGCGCAUUGUCAUUCCUGCUUACAUUGCGUAUGGUGCUUCGCAAUAGCAGUCUGUUCGUGAUGUGCUGCCGAUUGGUGAUGUAACAUGGACACCAGGACAGCGUUCACACCGUACGCUGUCGCUCCGAACCGUCUUGUAAGUGCCUGAACGACGACAGAAGGUGAGCAUUGCAUGCUACACAAGUCAUCAUCAGAGUUCUUCUGUCUACCUGCUGGACAUGGGACGCAUACGUUAUCCUUGUAUUCAUAUCCCCUAUCGCAAGCUGAGCAGGCCGUACCAUUAUUCAUUUCAACUGCACCACACAACUCAUAUCAUAUCACACAGGGAAUAACAGAGGAUAUCAAAAAUUGCUCGACUACUUACCCCGGCCAACAGGGCAUGCCUGACACUUCUCAAUGCCCUGAGCAUGUAUCGUCACUGUGCCAGACGGGCAUUUGGUGCAGUUCAGCCCUCUCCCCUCCCAUCCAUCCUUGCAGCGACACAAUACAUCAGCAUUUGCUGUUGGAUCUGCCUGAAUGGACAGAACAUAUGAGUAACAGCAAAAAGCAGCAUGCAGUUUCUUCUUUCCCUCUUACAUACAUAUACACUCCCACGGCAUUUCUACAUAUGUUCGUGCACUCCACGGACGGAUGCACCUCCCAUAAAAGGUCCUCAUCAGACUCGACUUCCAAAAGUGGCGUAGAAUUAUGCCACUCGCUAUACGGUCCGUAAUCUACACAUACACAUACACAUACACAUACACAAACACACAAUCACCGAGCACAUCGCUAACAUCAAAAUCCUGAAGCUCCUUUUGGAUCUCUCACCAUCACGAUCAGCAACAAGCUGGGCUUCCAGUCCUGAUUUUGAGCUUGCUUCUAUGUGGGCUGAGCAAGGUUCACCGUUGUGUGGCAGUACCUGCGAAGGAAGGAGGCACCAUGUAUCGGAUAGAGAGUACUCUAAACAUUCUACGCACCUGAAGCCUCAGAUUUUUGUUGUAUUCAAGAGAUAGUCCAAGCUGAAGGUGACACUUACAAUCCUUGUACCUGAACAAAAACCGAGCAUACAUCUUAACGCGCAUAGGGACGUGAAAAAAGGGCAUACCAUCCAUCGUGGAUGCCCUCAAUCUCAUUGAAUCCCAGAUAAAGGAAUUGCAAUGCCUCGAAUCCCGUUUGCGCCCUCAGAUUGAUGUCGGGAUACAGGUCAUCGACCGUCACAGAAUAAUCCAGCUUCUCUACAUCAAUAGGCAGAUCAGAAUCAUCAGCGACACUCUCAUCCGCCGACUCCACUGCAGGCGGCCCAUCAUCGUUGCCCACGACCAUGCUCAUACUCGUGGCGUUCAUCUGCAGCCGAUAAGCCGCCAUAAACGAGCCCUUGUAGCGCCUGAAUGCGGGCGUGUUGAGGAGCCCAGCAUUGAGAACAUGCUCUAAGUCAAAAAUGGUCAUCGCAUCUGCCGUCAAAGAGCCGUGAAGGCCGUUGACAUCACCAUCUAAGAGCUGCAGAGAGCUUUGCCACCUCCAGGGCAUCAGGAACUCGUCUACAGUCGUAUUAUAGCCGUUUCUGUCGAGAUGUAGGACCUGAAGCUGUGGCCAGUAGGGAGGCGGAUUGGACAGGAUUUCAGCUACGAUGCGAGCACUCAGAGCUGACAAGACAAGUCAUAGUUUUAUGAAUUCACCAGGAAGGCCACCGACCUUACUUGUUCCAGCGCGAAGACCAGAUGAAUGCACUCCCCAUUUGAGCGGCUCUAGACGAUUACCGGAAAUCCACAGUUCCAUCACUGAUAAACGAAAACAACAGGAGGGCACGAGUACCGUAUGUGUAAGUGUGUGUGUGUGUGUGUGUGCGCGUCUAUAUAGCUCACUUACGGUUGUCUAGACGUCUCCACCCUGAAGGGAUGCGCAAAAGGCGAUUGUUUUGGAGCAUCAGUUCCUCCAGCCUAGACGCAUCAUGACGGUAUGAAUGUUGACGCACAAGUAAAUCGAUUAUAGUGCUGACGUACUUAUAAGGCAUGCGCCAAUCACCCUCAAAAUCAUGAAAGCCAUUUUCAUGGAGCCACAACUGUCUCAGAGUAUCCAUGUGGCUCAGCCACGCCGGAAGAAGGCCUGUGAGUCGAUUGCGUGACAGAUCUAUGCCCCACACAUGCUGGAGAUCCUCGAGUGUUGCAGGCAGCUUGUCAACACUGAAAGGAAGAUAUAUAGAUACAGCGAUCCGUCGCACUCUCUGUCUUCCAGUGACCGACCUUGUUCUAGUGAUUCGGAGUGAGCGAAGCCCGGAGAGCAUAUUGAGAGAAUCAGGAAUAGGACCAUAAAUGCCCUGCACAUCAUGGACACAUGCACCAAAAAGGACAACACGCUGUACGAUCAGGUCAUUUAUGUACCUUGCUGUUAGAAAUUCUCAGCUCUCGCAGAGAAGUGGCGUUGCCGUAUGCGGCCGGAAUGGUGCCUGUGACGUUCUCACAGUCCUUCAGUAAAAAUGUGUGGAUCUUCGGCAAAUUCCACAGAGCCGGCAGCCCGCCCCUUACGGCCGUGCCAACCAUCUGAAACUCCUCGAGCGAGCCACAGUGUUCAAAUGCCCCCACAAGUGAAGCCGUAAUGUUCUCGCCGUAUAGGCUCACUAUCCGCAGGGUGGUGCAUUGAGGGGAAGGGGCGGUUGCAGACGAAUUGGCGCCCUGUCCGUGGAAGAGUGAGUGCAUGGUGAAGGCCAGUGGGUUGCGAACAAGGCUGAGGGCCUCAAGCGACUUGCCGAAUAUCGUGUGGAAGGAUGGUGGCAGGGUGCCCUCCAGCUGUGUGUCGUCUCAGUAAAGCCCCCGGAGAUCGGGCAGGCUGACGAUUUCCUCAGGCAAUUGGCCGCUCAGACUAACCUGAGAUACCCCAGGCAGCCAU